AUGGUACUCAUCAGAUUCACAUCCGCUCUCGCAGCGGCCGCGGUGCUACUGACGGCCGCCGCCGCCGAUGACACACCCUCGACCACCGUCAAGAACCACAUUACGACGCCCACCGUCACCAAGGCCGCCAGUGCCAUGACCACCAUCGGCUGCUUCGAGACCGGAACCCCGCUCGAGAACCAUGGCGACUACAACUUCCGGAGUCCUGGUAACUGCCAACUGGUGUGUCUGCAGGAAAACAAGAAUGUCAUGGGACUGUCCGAUGGCGUCAACUGCUGGUGCGGAGACCAGAUCCCACCAAAGGACUCGCAAACCAAAAACGAGACAUGCUCUACCACAUGCAGUGGAGACGACACAAGUCUUUGCGGUGGUGCCGGCGCACUGUGGGUCGUCCUCACUGGAAACACACGAAACAAGGUCGAUUACUUCCAGCCUUCAUCUAGCUCUUCUUCGAAGCCAGCGGGCCCAACAUCAACUUCUGCGGCCCCCGUCAACACACCCUCCGCAAGCCCAUCGGCCGCCGCGCCUUCCACCGAGGGUAGCAAACCCAACACGGCCGGCAUCGCGGCAGGUGUUGUAGUAGGUAUAGUCGGUCUUUCGGCUAUCAUUGCGGGCGCGUGGUUCUUGAUGCGCCGCAGACGCCAGAAGCAGGCUGAGGACGACUACCGCCGCAAUGCCGCAAACAUUGACAAUUUCGUCUCUGGCGGCAAGCUGCACACGAGCGCAUCGUCAAUGAACGACUCACGCAUUGACCCAAGCUUCAUGGACAGGAGGCAAAGCAAUGGCAGCAUUGCAGACAACGAGGACUACUCGAGGCGGAUAUUGAAGGUCACCAACGUCUGA